CUAUUUAUCGUACAAUGCAAGACUUGAUACUUUCUCGGUCGGCAAGUUAUCGUGGUAGAUUCAUUUGGUUGUGAGAGUGGGAAUUUAUGCCCAGAGUUAUCCUUGAUCAAAUUGUGACAUACAAUUACAUAACAUUAAUGAUACGCUUACCUUACAGAUCAAGCUUUAAUGAAUCAAUACGUUCUGCCAAAAAAUGUAGAUGUACGAAUCCAUUUUUGUAAUCGUAAAUAACCUGAAAUAACGCUGUACUUCUUCAAAGCGACAUAACAUUUGAAUUUCCGAGCUUAUAUAACGCCCUUGAACUCAACACGACACGGAAGGGAGGCAGCUGAGCGCCAUUUUUGAUACACAGCAACGGAGCUGACUAGCAUUAGCUGUCAACAAGCUUGAACUUUAAGUUGCAGGCUUUAAACCUAAACGGGCGGAUCACCAGACACAAAAUGAAUGCUGUAGAUCAUGUGCGGGACAUGGCUGCCGCUGGCCUCCACUCUAAUGUCCGGGUACUGAGUAGUUUGUUGCUGACUAUGAGCAACAACAACCCAGAGCUUUUCUCUCCUGCUCAGAAGUACCAGCUGUUGGUUUACCAUGCUGAUGCCAUCUUCCACGAUAAAGAGUAUCGCAAUGCUGCCUGCAAAUACAGUAUGGCCCUUCAGCAGAAGAAAGUGCUCAGUAAAACAUCCAAAGUUCGGACGUCAACUGGUGGAGCGGCGGCAAACCUUCAGGCCCAGAGUCUGCCAUCUGAGAUUGAGGUGAAGUACAAGAUUGCUGAAUGCUACACAAUCUUAAAACUGGAUAAAGAUGCCAUCGCUGUGCUGGAUGGGAUCCCCUCCAGACAGAGGACUCCCAAGAUCAACAUGAUGCUGGCUAACCUGUACAGGAAAGCAGGUCAGGAACGCUCUGCCGUCACCAGCUACAAGGAGGUUCUCAGACAGUGCCCUCUCGCUCUGGACGCCAUCAUCGGUCUUCUCUCCUUGUCAGUGAAAGGCGCUGAGGUGGCGUCUAUGACCAUGGACAUUAUUCAGACCAUCCCAAACUUGGACUGGCUGACGGUGUGGAUUAAAGCAUACGCCUUCAUUCACACUGGAGACAACCAGAGAGCCAUCAACACCAUCUGCUCAAUGGAGAAGAAGUCCCUGCUGCGGGACAACGUGGACCUCCUGGUAAGCCUGGCUGAUGUCUACUUCCGUGCCGGUGACACCAAAAAUGCCAUCCUCCGAUUUGAGCAAGCGCAGAUGCUUGACCCAUAUCUCAUCAAAGGUAUGGACGUGUAUGGCUACCUGAUGGCUCGAGAAGGUCACCUGGAGGACGUGGAGGUCCUGGGAGGGCGACUCUUUAACAUCUCAGACCAGCAUGCUGAGCCCUGGGUGAUCUCAGGGUGCCACAGUUUCUACAGCAAGCGUUACUCCAGAGCGCUCUACCUGGGGGCCAAGGCCAUUCAGCUGAACAGCAACAGCGUGCAGGCGCUUCUCCUGAAGGGGGCGGCGCUGAGGAACAUGGGUCGCGUUCAGGAAGCCAUCAUCCACUUCAGGGAGGCCAUGCGGCUGGCGCCCUGCAGACUGGACUGUUAUGAAGGCUUGAUCGACUGCUACCUGGCCUCCAACGGCAUCCGAGAAGCCAUGGGCAUGGCCAACAACAUCUAUAAGACCCUGGGGGCCAACGCCCAGACCUUGACCAUCCUGGCCACCGUGUGUCUGGAGGACCCGGUCACCCAGGAGAAGGCCAAGACGCUGCUGGACAAAGCUCUGGCUCAGAGGCCCGACUACACCAAAGCUGUGGUGAAGAAGGCCGAGUUACUGAGUCGAGAGCAGAAGUAUGAGGAAGGGAUCGCUCUGCUCCGAAAUGCACUGGCCAAUCAGAGCGACUGUGCCCUGCACAGGAUGUUGGGAGACUUCCUGGUGGCUGUCAGUGAUUUCCAAGAAGCCAUGGAUCAGUACAGUAUAGCUCUCAGUCUGGAUCCCAACGAUCAGAAGUCUUUGGAGGGCAUGCAGAAGAUGGAGAAGGAGGAGAGUCCCACGGAUGCCACGGUGGAGCUGGACGGGGACGACAUGGAAGGCAGUGGGGAGGACGGCGAGCUGGAGGGCAGCGACAGCGAUGCGGCGCAGUGGGCAGAUCAGGAGCAGUGGUUCGGGAUGCAGUGACCCUGGCUCCACCCCUCCUCCUGACACAGUGGUCUGACCGAUGGUGUCCAGAAUACACUUCACAGGUGGGACUGAAGCUGCGGAGCACGUAGCAGCGGAGAUGGGUUGAUGGCGCGGGUCACACCUGCUUCCGUACAAUGCAGCUGUGGUUGCCAAGACUGAGCAGUGAUGAAACAAAAGUUGAGUUGUUGGAGGUGACACGGAGCGGUGAGUCCAAAGUUUUAAUUUGGGAUUUCAAUGUUAAAAAAUGUCAUGUUGGUGUUCUGUGGCUAGUCGUGCGCAGCUGUGUUUUCUUCAGCAUGUGUGAGAUGAACUGAGGGGAGGAGGAGGGAGGUUUGAGCCAGGAAUGUAAUCGUUGUUUCAAGUUUGUUGUCAUUUUUGUUUGUCAAGAUUUUCUUUCAAUUGAGCCAAACGCUCCUCAGUGAGUGUUACUUAACUAUUUCAAGACAUGUUUUGUACAGAUUUUUAAUAAAUGUCUAAUAAAAAACAAA